AUGACAAGUUUUGGCGCCGUGAGACACGUAUCUGACAUACGCGCUGACGAAAUAAAUCCUGAAGCACAUGGUGUUAUCGGUCUGCAGUCCGGAUCUAACAAGUUCGCUUCCCAGAAAGGCAUGACAAGCUUUGGAGCUGUCCGACACGUUUCUGACAUCCGCGCUGAUGAGAUGUCACCUGAGGGUCAAACUGUUCUCAGUUUGCAAGCUGGAACUAACAAGUUUGAAUCACAGAAAGGCAUGACUUCGUUUGGGUCCGUGAGACACGUUUCUGACAUCCGCGCUGACGAUAUCAACCCACAGGGACACGGAGUCAUUGGUCUUCAAGCAGGAUCCAACAAGCAUGCCUCUCAGAAAGGCAUGACAAGCUUUGGGUCUGUGAGACACGUGUCUGACAUCCGCGCUGAUGAGAUUAAUCCAGAAGGACAUGGUGUCAUCGGUCUUCAGGCGGGAUCCAACAAGUUUGCUUCACAGAAAGGCAUGACCAGCUUUGGAUCUGUCCGACACGUAUCUGACAUCCGCGCUGAUGAGAUCAACCCCGAAGCCCAUGGUGUCAUUGGGCUGCAGUCAGGAUCCAACAAGUUUGCUUCACAGAAAGGCAUGACCAGCUUCGGGUCAGUAAGACACGUUUCUGAUAUCCCAACGGAGGAAAUGAACAUGGCAAGUGAGGGCAUCGUUCGACUUCAGUCAGGAACAAACAAGAUGGAUUCGCAGAAAGGCAUGAGAGGAUUCGGAUCCGUGAGACACGUUUCUGACAUCAAAGCUGACGAUAUCAACCCAGAAGCUCACGGAGUCAUCGGUCUGCAAGCAGGAUCAAACAAAUUCGCCUCCCAGAAAGGUAUGACAGGGUUUGGGUCUGUGAGACAUGUUUCAGAUAUCCGAGCUGAUGACAUCAAUCCAGAGGCACACGGAGUCAUUGGCCUUCAGGCAGGAUCUAAUAAAUAUGCCUCCCAGAAAGGCAUGACUAGCUUUGGAGCUGUCCGACACGUUUCUGACAUCCGCGCUGAUGAGAUGUCACCUGAGGGUCAAACUGUUCUCAGUUUGCAAGCUGGAACUAACAAGUUUGAAUCGCAAAAAGGCAUGACUUCAUUUGGGUCCGUGAGACACGUUUCUGACAUCCGCGCUGACGAUAUCAAUCCACAGGGACACGGAGUCAUUGGUCUUCAAGCAGGAUCCAACAAGCAUGCCUCCCAGAAAGGAUCAAACAAAUAUGCGUCGCAAAAGGGAAUGACAAGUUUCGGAGCAGUCAGACAUAUUUCAGACAUCCGCGCCGAUGAUCUAGACCAGAAAGGUCAGGGAGUUCUGAGUUUACAAACCGGUACAAACCUGUUUGAUUCACAAAAGGGAAUGACCGCCUUUGGGGCGGGCAUGACCGCAAUCGGAGCUGUCAGACACGUCGCAGACACCAGAGUGGAAGACAUGACUCAAGAAGGACAAGGCGUCAUUGGCCUACAGGCUGGGUCUAAUAAGUUCGCCUCCCAGUCUGGGAUGACCGGAUUCGGAGCUGUCAGACACAUUGCAGACACAAGAGUCGAAGAUAUGACUCAGGAAGGACAUGGCGUCAUCGGAUCACAGGCUGGGUCUAACAAAUAUGCCUCCCAAAAGGGUAUGACCGCUAUGGGAGCUGUCAGGCACGUCGCUGAUACCCGAGUGGAAAACAUGACCCAGGAAGGACAGGGUGUCAUUGGACUACAGUCUGGAUCCAACAAGUUUGCCACACAGAAAGGUAGGUAA